AAAAAUAUCCGAAUAGUAAAUUGUACACUCUUCCGGAACAAAAAUGGCAAGCAUCCGGCAAAGCUCAGUGCCGAGUCCACAAGAGACAGAGGAGCAGCAGAAACUUCGAUUUCAGACAGAGUUAGAAUUUGUGCAAUGUUUGGCAAAUCCAAAUUAUCUCAAUUUUUUGGCUCAAAGAGGAUACUUCAAGGAUCCUACCUUUAUAAACUACCUAAAGUAUCUGCAGUAUUGGAAAGAUCCAAAAUAUGCUAAAUAUCUAAAGUACCCUCAGUGUUUGUUUUUCCUGGAGUUGUUGCAGUAUGAACAUUUCCGUAAGGAACUGGUGAACUCUCAGUGUGCUAAGUUUAUAGAUGAUCAACAAUUACUUCACUGGCAGCAUUAUCAGAGAAAGAGAAUGGCCCUGUUACAUGAAGAAAUGACAGCACAACGGGCACAUCAGCAGCCCAAAGAGAAACCAGGAUAGCUAAACCAUAUCAACAUAUUAUAACUCCUAGAGAUCUCUGCUUACUACUAAAUGUUGAAUGUAGUAAUCAAUGAAUGUAUUUUUGCUACAUGUACAGAUAAUGCUCACACUUUACUGACUAAGUGUGUGAAGAGCAAACCUGUUAAAAUGCUGGAAUCUAUCAAUACUGGCUUACAGAUUUUGAAGAAUUUUCAACAGAGACAUUUUUUUUAUUCAUACAUGCAUGCUACAUGUAUAUGGAUAAUAUGAAAUUAGUUUCUCUUUCACGAAGAUUUUAAUGUUUCAUUAUUUGGAUAUGGUGUUUAUAGAAAUAAAAAAGUCUGUUCAUCAUAAACAAGUAUAUAAUAUUUAUUAGGAGAAUGUAAUCAAGGACAUUUGCAAGAUGAUAGAUGUUGAUGGUUCUCUGACACAGGACCAUUGUUUUUUUUACAAAAGACACAGAAUAUAGAAAUAUUUUUGAAAUUCUAGUUACAUUGGUAACAUACAGACUUUUCAUAAUUGAUAUACUGUACGUAAACCCAGCAAUCAUAUGUAAUUAUUUUUUAGAUGGGGUGUAAAGAUUUAUAAUGCUGUUUUAAGAUUGUUGUAUGAUUUAUUUCUGGUUAAGAAGAGAACAAUGCCUCUGAGUUUUCUAUUAUGUCAUAAAUUUUUUAUUUUAAUAAUUUAAUUACAUGUGCAUACAAUUAAAAUUGUUUUGUUUUUUUUGUUCAAUAAUCCCCGGCCUUGCUCAAAUAUAUAUAAAAUACAGUGUACUUUCUUUUGUUUCCUUUUUUACGAGGAUUCAGCAGUAUUUCAUAUUUUGGCUGCUGAAGGGAGAAGAAUAUCAAUGGUAGGAGAAUUUUGUAUAUAUUUAGGUUCUGUUACAAUGCACAUUGAGAAAUUAUGCACUUUGAAAA